AUGAGUAACGGUAAAACCAACAUCAACGUCGUCAUGAUCGGCCACCAUAAUCACGGCAAAUCCACCAUCGCUGGUCAAUUGCUCCACCUGACAGGAAGCAUCGACCAAGACACCAUGAAUAACAUCGAGGAAGAAGCCCAGAACGAAGGUAAAGAAACUUCCAAGUACGCAUGGAUAUUCGACAAACUAAAGGCUGAACGUGAACGAGAUAUCACUAUAGAUAUAUCCUUCAAUAAAACUGAAACUGACAACCACAAUGUGACUAUCAUCGACACUCCUGGCACUCGUGAUUACUUGAAGAACACACUCACUGGUAGGCGUUUUGACCUUUAUGUAGUUUAUAUUAGGUUGAACCAAAAGUAGCGGGACACUUCUAGUUCAAAAACAAAUGAAAAGUGUCCCGUUACUUUUGUUCACCCUAAUAUUACCCUAGUCUUCAUUCACAUUUCCCACUUAUAGGUAUAUCUCAAGCCGACUGUGCUCUCCUGGUUGCGUCAUGUGUAGAAGAUGAAUAUGACGAAGGCUUGAGUGCGGACGGCCUAACUCGUGAGCACACCAUCCUGGCUUUCAACAUGGCCGUCAAGCAAAUCGUCGUCGUUUUGAACAAGAUGGAUUCAGUCAACUAUAGCCAGAAGCGUUUUAACGAAGCCGCUAGAGAAAUACACAUGCUCGUAAAGAAGGCGGGCUACAACCCGUACAAGGUAGCAUAUGUCCCGACUUGUGGCUAUGAUGGAGACAAUAUCGCUGAAGCCUCGUCCAACAUGCCAUGGUACGAGGGCCCUACUCUUCUUGAGGCUAUCGAUAAAACGUAUCCACUAAAAUCAACUGCGGAACAACCUCUGCGUUUGCCAAUUAGUGAUGUGCAGAAUAUUGACGGUAAGCAUUUUGAUAUUGUUAGACAUGCCUUUAAUAUUAGGCUAAAGGGAAAAGAAAUUAUUAGGGUGGACCAAAAGUAAGAGGACACUUUUCACUUGUUUUUGAACUAAAAAGUGUCCCGCUACGUUUGGUUCAACCUAAUAACAGUUUUUUCUCACAAUCAGCUACGAAACCGCGUUACAAUCCUCUACAAGCCCUAUAAUUCUUCCCCUCCAGGAGUUGGAACAGUCGCAGUCGGCCGAGUUCAGACUGGUGUGCUCCGCCAAGGCAUGAAUGUCACAUUCACACCAGAAGGUGUUACCGGUGAAGUCGGCUCUAUCGAAAAACACCACGAAUCCGUCGACGAAGCCCACCCCGGAGACAUUGUCGGAUUCAGCGUGAACAACAUAAACAUAAAUGACAUUCGGCGUGGCUGUGUCGCUUCCGAUCCCGACAAGUAUCCAGCGAAGCCGGCCUAUACCUUCACCGCCCGUAUUAAAGUCUUAAGACUUAGAAAUAUCCGCGUUGGAUACACCCCGGUUGUGGAUUGUCACACCGCCCAUGUCCCCUGUAAAGUCGUUGAGUUUUGGUUAAUGGACGGUCGUACUGGAGAAUUAUUUGAGCAUAACCCAGUUGACAGCCCCAGGGCCGGGAACGCGGUCCAAGUGGUGUUCCAGCCGAUCAAGCCAAUGUGUGUCGAAACCUUCAAAGAGUUCGCGUCUCUGGGUUCAAUUACCCUUCGUGACAUAGGUCAAAUCGUGGCCAUUGGUAAGAUCAUUGCCGUCAACAAGAGUGGGGAUAGCUGA